AUGCCUACUCUUAAACCGCUCUUGUUGGCGGGAGGCCACUCAUCGCGAAUGGGCACUCGCAAAGAACUCUUACGAGUCGUCGAUGAUGUCCCCUUGUUCGUCCAUCUGCUGAUCAUCCUACGCGAGGCAUGUCCCGAGUCAGAAGCGGUGUUUCUUUCACUGCGCGAUCACGACUCAUUAAAAGCCAUUGCGAACGAUCGCCAUAUCACUGCCGUCGCACACAAUCAACUGAUCCUCAACCGUGGGACUACCACUUUCCCGGUCCAUGUAGUCUACGACGGUCCCGGAGUACCCAGCGAACAUGACAGCACCGGCAUUGGUCCAGCAGCCGGAUUGCUGGCUGCUCAUCACCUGGAUGAUAGUGCUUCCUGGUUGGUAGUCGCCUGCGACUAUCCAUUCAUAUCUGUCGCCGCGCUGUCUCAACUUCGUUGCGCAUGGACUGCACCAGUCACCUGUUUCGAGAACAGAGAUGGUUUCUAUGAGCCGUUAUUGAGUAUCUGGUCUCCGGAGGCAUUGCGCGCACUCAAAGGCAACGUUCAAAAUGGCAUCCUCGGUCCCAGUGCGGUGGUGAAGCGUCUGCAUGGCAAGACGAUACGACCAAACAAGGAGAGCUGGAUCUUCAAUGUCAACACGCGUGCCGAUUUGGAGCUGGCGUCGAAUAUGGAAGGCAAACCCCAAGUGAGUUGA